AUGUACAUAUUCUCCGAUCUGACCGCCUUCGGCAGUAUUAUUAAACGCCGCCGCGACGCGAUUCAAUUAAUUGUUCCUGAUCAAGCUCUCUGCACGAUAGAUUUGGGCUUUUCUUUACCCCGUCCCUUAAUUUCCGAAGAAAUGGCUAAAGAAGUUGAUACCGAUCCCACCGUCGCUACCCUCGACGUCGACAAUGAGAACUACGAUUCCGAAGAAGACUCCGACUUCCAACUCGACGAAGCCGACGUUGCAGGCGAAGACUCAGGCCUUUCCUCAGAAGACGAAGAUGAAGAAGAAGCAGACCAUACCCGAUCGAAUAAGAAACGGAAACUCGAUGUUACACAUAAGCCUAGCAUAAAGAAACGAAAACCUCGCAAUGACGAUGAAAUGGAACUAGAUUCUGGGGAUGAGGCUACGAUAUCGAAAGCGAAGAACAAAAAGAAAAAGAAGAAGGCCGCUGGAGAUGAAGAUGAGGACGAUGUGGACAUUGAGCUUUCGGAGGGCGAAGGGGGAGGAUUUGUCAAGACUAGAGCUAUGAGGAUGAAGAUGCAGGAAGAUCGAAGACCUCUUGCAAAGAUAGACGGUGCAACUAUCGACGUCGAUGCGUUAUGGGAUAUGAUGAAUGCUCCAAACUCGGAUUCUGGUCUUCUACAAAGUCAGAAACCUGUAGUUACGGAAGAGCCAGUCGACGAACCGUCCGUAAUCCAGGAAACCGAAAAAGCUACAGAUGCGCCGACACACGAUAAACUACCUUCCGAGGACAUGAUAAAGAUCAAACGAACAUAUAAAUUCGCCGGAGAAAUCCACACAGAAGAGAAACUGGUCCCUCGCGACUCGGCCGAAGCGAAACUCUACCUGGCAGAAACCGCCGGCACGAAAUCAAGCGGUUCAGAAGAUGUCUCACAGGGCGAAACAGUCGUCAUACAAUUACGACGACCCGUCAGAAAGAUAUCGCGCUUCGAUCCCAACCCUACAGGCAUCAUCAAAAAGAGCUGGGAGAAACAAGCGGUGCAAGCUGUGUCGGGAGACGAACUCAAAGGCCCUAAACUCAAUACCGUCGAAAAGUCAAAGCUUGACUGGGCGCAAUACGUUGAUCAAACUGGUAUUCAGGAUGAACUCAAUGUGCACAGCAAGGCCAAAGAGGGUUACCUGGGUCGCAUGGAUUUCUUGAACAAAGUCGAUGCGAUCAGGGAGGAAGAGAGGAGAACUAUUCGGCUCAAGGGGUUAUGA